AUGACUACAUCUUCAGCUGCCAUGGAGGAAAGGUUGAACAAACGGGAGGCCAUAGUUCUGGAGAACAGCAGUGGCCUAACUGAAGUCAAGCAAGCCUUGGAGGAUAACAUUCAGGAGUUAAAAGCUCACAUGCAGAACUGGAAGGAUGAGAUUAUGGAGUUGUUGAGACUCAAUAAGCCCUCUCCACCUACUACAGAGCCUUUUUCAGUCCAGGGACAAGUUCCAAACUUCAGUCCUGGAGAGGGAAAUGCAGAUCUAGGUAGGAAACCUGGAAAAGAACCAGCAGUAGAGGAUCCAGCUGGGUUGCAAGAGGUCUCUGAUGAUGAUGAAGGCCAGGGAGAGAACCAGUUUGGGCAGUUUGUGAAUCCCAUGAGGGCAGACAGGUUGUGGGUGGUGAGAUGUGAGAGAUUUUUCAUGCUAGCUAGGAUUCCCAGGGAUGAGAUUAUGCAUGUUUUGCGUGUGAACCUAACUGGGAAGGUGGCCUUGUGGUAUGAGGGGUAUCUCAAUAGCUUAAGGGAAGGGUUCCAGUGGAUUUUGUUCGCAAGGGCAGUGUGUAAGAGGUUCCGGGAAAGUAAUGUGGAUGUGAUGGAAGAGUUUUCAAACUUCAAACAAUGGGGUAAUGUGACUGAUUUUUCUGACAAAUAUGAGGAGUUCAAGGAUAGCUUUAUUGUAAGAUUGAAGCAACAACUUAGGUGUUUUGUGAGAACAUCUAAACAUACUAAUUUGGAGGAUGCCAUUUGGUUGGCAAGGCAGUUUGAGAAAGGCCUCAAGGUUAGUGAACUUCUGAAAAGCAACUCGCACUCUACUAAAAAAACAUCCUAUACUGUCCAGAAACCUCAACCAAGUACCAGAACUUUUACUUCUAGACAAAGUGAGCCAAACAAAUCCCAAUCCAGUCAAAACUCCACCAAAACUACUGCUUCAAACACUCAUCAGAACCAGACUAGAACUCCUGAAAUUCAUAAAUUCAGAGAACAACUCAGGGAGCAGAACAGAUGUAAGGGUCCUACUUUCAAUAUCAUAGAAGGAACUGAACCUCUAGAGAAUGAGGAGGAAUUCAGUGAUAACCAAGCUGUGGAAACUGGGAACCAGGGGUCAACAGAUGAAGAAAAUGUGGAGGUCACACUGAAUGCUGUUAUUGGGGGUGAGGGCCUGAAUACUAUUAAGUUGUUAGGCAACAUUGGAAAUCAAGCAGUGGUGUGCAAGGGACUGAGAUGGCAAGUUCAGAAAGAGGCUUUUGAGAGGGAUCUAAGGGUCCUUAGGUUGGGGGGCUGUGAUCUAGUCUUGGGGAUGGAUUGGAUUGACUGUUAUGCUCCAAUUCAACUUCAUACAAGGCUUCCUGGCAUUUCAUUCCAUAAGGAGGGGAAAAGGGUGUUACUAAAAGGAAUGGCUAAGGGCAUUGUACUACAACAGGCCUCUAAGAAGGAAGUCAAGAGAUGGAAGAAGGAAGGAGCAAAACCUGUUAACUCUAAGCCCUACAGAUAUUCAUUUUUGCAAAAGAAUGCCAUAGAAUGGAUGGUAGAAGAAAUGCUCACAGCUGUUAUAAUUACUCAUAGCACUUCACCUUUUGCCUCACCAGUGUUGUUGGUUCCUAAGAAGGACAAUACCUGGAGGUUUUGUGUGGAUUAUAGAGCACUGAAUGGCAUUACCAUAAAGAACAAAUUCCCAAUUCCACUCAUAGAGGAUCUGUUUUCAGAAUUAGCUAAUGCCAAGGUUUUCUCUAAAUUGGAUUUGAGAGCAGGCUAUCAUCAAGUGAGAAUGAAACAAGGGGAAGAAUACAAAACAACUUUUAGAACACAUCAAGGGCUAUAUGAAUUCAAAGUCAUGCCCUUUGCGCUUACUAAUGCCCCAGCUACAUUUCAAGCUCCUAUGAACCAUGUUUUUCAGCCAUUGAUUAGAAAAACUGUCCUUGUAUUCUUUGAUGACAUUCUUGUUUACAGUCCCUCAUUGGAAAGUCAUUGGAAGCAUCUGAGUGAGGUUUUAAGGAUCAUGAGGGACAACCAGUUGUUGGCUAAGCUGAGCAAGUGUUCAUUUGCAAAAAGAGAAGUUGAGUACUUAAGGCAUAUCAUAUCUGAAAAGGGACUGCAGACUGAUCCUGAGAAACUAUCUGCAGUAAGGAAUUGGCCAAAACCAGUUAACAUCAAAGAGUUGAGGGGGUUCCUUGGUCUUACAGGGUAUUACAGGAGGUUUAUCAAGUCCUAUGGCACCAUAAGCAGGCCACUCACUGAUAUGUUAAGGAAGAAUGCCUACUAA